UGGCACCGCUGCUAUAAAAGGAAGCGUAGCUGACACUUUCAAAUAGUGAGUCGUCGACCUUCGGUGGGUCUUCACGUACAUUCUUCUCAGCAAUCAACGGAUUCUUAAAGGUUUAACCUUUUUAAAAUGUUGUUUCACUUGUUGUUAGUUGUAUCACCGUUUUUUAUCACCGCAUAUCCACAAAAUUCGAAUAAGCUGUCCCAAGUAGAUGGCUUCGUUUUUGAUGGACCAACGGCUGGUGGUCAAAGUUCAAAUGAACAACAAAGAACUAUUACCACUACUACUACAGAAUCAACGAGUGGAAGUAUGACUACGACUCCUCUUCGUGAAAAUGUAUUCGACGAAUGUGUCAGAUCUUGUCCGGUGACGCAAGAAUAUAAUCCUGUUUGCGGUACGGACAAUGUUGAUUACACUAAUCCAGGAGGAUUGGGUUGUGCAAAAAGAUGUGGAAAAGAAGUAAUAUUAAAGUACUAUGGGCGUUGUUCAACGGGCAGAGCUGGAUGAUUUUAUAUAUAAUAAUUUUAAAUUAAAAAUAUAUGCAUCUGUCGAAGAUGCCUUUUGAUUACUUGUGCUGUAUGAGUUAUGAAAUAAUCGCUAUCGUCAUUUUUGCUGAAGUUAUAGCUUAUUGUCUAUGUUUCAAUAAAGAGAAUAAUGCAUCUGA